CAGCUUUGCCCCAGCUUCCAAAUUUUGGACAAUAUCUCACGGGGUCAGGGUGGACAAAAAGGAACUCCUGAAGUGCAGAAUCCUGCCUGAAGAACUCGAUGGGACAAACUAAAGCCCAGACACAGGCCCUCUGAGGGCAUGGGGACCACCUCGCAUAUCCUACUCCAUAUUAAGCUUGCCUGGCCCUCAAGUCCCAUCCUCAUCAUGGCUCCUGGAGAGAAGAUCAAAGCCAAAAUCAAGAAGAAUCUACCUGUGACGGGGCCCCAAGCGCCUACCAUAAAAGAGCUGAUGCGGUGGUACUGCCUCAACACCAACACCCACGGCUGCCGCCGCAUCGUGGUGUCCCGCGGCCGCCUGCGGCGCCUGCUCUGGGUUCUCUUCACGCUGACGGCCGUGGCCCUCAUUUUCUGGCAUUGUGCCCUCCUCAUCUCCUCCUUCUACACCGUCUCCGUCUCCAUCAAGGUCCACUUCCAGAAGCUGGAUUUUCCUGCCGUCACCAUCUGCAACAUCAACCCUUACAAGUACAGUGCAGUGCGGGACCUUCUAGCCGAUUUGGAACAGGAGACUAGAACGGCCUUGAAGAACCUGUACGGCUUUCCAGAGAAUAAGUCUCGAAAACGCCGAGAGGCGGAGUCUUGGACCUCGGCUUGGGAGGGCACACGGCCCAAAUUCCUCAAACUGGUCCCACUGCUGGCUUUCAGUCAGGAUGAGACCAGCAAGGCCAGGGACUUCCUCACAGGGCGGAAGCGGAAAGUCAGUGGGAGCAUCAUUCACAAGGCAUCAGAUGUCAUGCAUGUCCACGAGUCCAAGGAGGUGGUGGGAUUCCAACUGUGUUCAAAUGACACGUCCAAAUGUGCCGUCUACACCUUCAGCUCAGGGGUCAAUGCCAUCCAGGAGUGGUAUAAGCUGCACUACAUGAACAUCAUGGCACAGGUCCCUCUGGAGAAGAAAAUCAACAUGAGCUACUCUGCUGAGGAGCUGCUGGUUACCUGCUUCUUUGAUGGCAUGUCCUGUGAUGCCAGAAACUUCACGCUUUUCCACCAUCCAAUGUAUGGGAAUUGCUACACGUUCAACAACAGAGAAAAUGAGACUAUCCUCAGCACCUCUAUGGGGGGCAGUGAAUACGGGCUGCAGGUGAUCUUGUACAUCAACGAAGAGGAAUACAAUCCCUUCCUGGUGUCCUCCACUGGGGCUAAGGUGAUUGUGCACCGGCAGGAUGAAUAUCCCUUCAUUGAGGACAUAGGAACAGAGAUCGAGACGGCAAUGGCCACCUCCAUAGGCAUGCAUCUGACGGAGUCCUUCAAGCUGAGUGAACCCUACAGCCAGUGCACAGAGGACGGGAGUGACGUGCCGAUCAGUAAUAUCUACAAUGCUGCAUACUCCCUCCAGAUCUGCCUUCACUCAUGCUUCCAGACAAAGAUGGUGGAGAAAUGUGGGUGCGCCCAGUAUAGCCAGCCGCUACCUCCAGCAGCCAACUACUGCAACUACCAGCAGCACCCCAACUGGAUGUAUUGCUACUACCAGCUGCACCAGGCCUUUGUCCGGGAAGAGCUGGGCUGCCAGUCGGUAUGCCGGGAAGCCUGCAGCUUUAAGGAGUGGACACUGACCACCAGUCUGGCACAGUGGCCAUCCGAGGUUUCUGAGAAAUGGUUGCUGCCUAUUCUCACUUGGGACCAAGGCCAGCAAAUAAAGAAAAAACUCAACAAGACGGACUUGGCCAAACUCUUGAUAUUCUACAAAGACCUGAACCAGAGAUCCAUCAUGGAGAGCCCUGCCAACAGUAUCGAGAUGCUUCUGUCCAACUUCGGUGGCCAGUUGGGCCUGUGGAUGAGCUGCUCCGUCGUCUGUGUCAUUGAGAUCAUUGAGGUCUUCUUUAUUGACUCUUUCUCCAUCAUUGCCCGCCGCCAGUGGCAUAAAGCUAAGGAAUGGUGGGCCCGGAGGCACGCUCCCCCUGGCCCUCAGGGCCAGGAUAACCUGGGCCUCGAUAUAGACGAUGACCUGCCCACGUUCACCUCCGCGCUGCGCCUGCCUCCAGCCCCAGGCACCGAGGUGCCCGGCACACCGCCUCCCACAUACAACACACUGCGUUUGGAGAGGGCCUUCUCUGACCAGCUCACAGACACCCAGAUGCCGGCGGAGUCCUGAGGCGGGGAGGGGAAGAGAGAUGUAGCUAGGAGCCCAGCCACGGUCUGAGAACUCAGACCGUGUCUCCUGCACACGGAGGGGACCCUUGGCACCCCCUCUGGCUAGGCUUUUCAGAGACAUUGACUAAAAAUCUGCUUUGAACAACAACAUGGGGCCUGGUUGUGUGCAGGAGACCCUUUGGGCCCUGCCCGGCAACCCUCAGCCAUCCAGGGUGAGAAAGAUCCGGCAGCCCAAACCCCUCCCACAUCUGCUACGGAGAGAGAUGGGGGCCAAGGAGAUGGCGCCCGCCCGGACGAAAGCCAGAAGUGAAGGCUGACAGCACUUUCACCAGGUCUUGAGAGAGAAAGACUCCUCCGAAGCCCCAAGCCCAGGGUUUCACCCACUCCCCCAGCCUGGGCUGGGGCCCAAGGACGUGCCCUUAGGUAUCAAGGCCAGACAACCACUGCCUAGUGCCAAAGACAGGAGGAAGCACCAGCCCUGGAGCUGGUGCUGUUUGUGAAUAAACUGUUCUUAGUUGUUGA